UUGUGCCUGUCCCACAGCGACUGAGCGCACUUCCAUUGCACACAAGCCUUCCCUAGUAACCCACAGGGCUUGGAUUAGCCUACGCUUCACCGGGAAAAAACUUACUGGAGAGCUCACUUGUCAGAAUAAAGCAUCAAACCAGACAAUAGAGGGACAUUGAAUAAUCUCCAAGCAACAAGCUUAUUAUAAAUAGGCAACAUAUCUACUUCCCCAUUCACCCAGAAUAGAUACUUUUUGAUUUUAGAGGACAUUUCAAAGUCAUAACCUUCUAUGGCAUCAUCAACAGGUCCAGCCUGGUGUUUUUUUACCUUUAUAUGGCUGCUAUCCCGUUUCUGCCAGUUGGCCCAUGCUCAAACUACAGCAGUCCCAUCUGGAUGUGGGGCGGGUAUAAAUUCACUAUACUAUUACUUAUGUGACCUUAACGCUGCCUGGGGCAUUGUGCUGCAAGCAAUAACCAGUGCGGGUAUAGUGUCUACUUUCAUCCUCACCAUUGUCCUAGUAGCCAGCACUCCAUUUAUCCAGAAUAAGAAAAAGAAAAGCCUAUUAGGAACCCAAGUCUUCUUCCUUCUGGGCACCCUUGGCAUCUUUGGUCUUGUUUUUGAUAUGGUUGUUAAGAAAGACUUUGCUACUUGUGCAUCAAGAAGAUUUCUUUUUGGACUGUUGUUUGCCAUCUGCUUUGCCUGCUUGUGGGUGCAUGGAGUCAGUCUCAACUACCUCAUAAGAAGAAACACUCAGCCCAGUGGCUGGUGGAUCUUUGGCCUAGCUGUGUGUCUUUCUCUUGUCGAGGCUAUCAUUAAUACAGAGUGGCUCAUCAUCACCAUUGUGAAGACAGCAAACCCUCCAGCUGACCCUUGCUUAAUUGGCAAUGCCGAUUUUGUAAUGGCCCUAAUAUAUGUUAUGUUCCUUAUCCUUGCAGGAUUUAUAACAGCCUGGCCAGCCCUAUGUGGUCGAUAUGGCCAUUGGAGAAAGCAUGCAAUUUUUAUUCUGUUAACAUUAUUCUUAUCAAUUUCUAUCUGGAUUGUCUGGAUUGUUAUGUAUGUCUAUGGCAAUGUGCAAGUUGGCAACCCCCUGUACUGGGAUGACCCCACACUUGCUAUUGCUUUGGUCUCCAAUGGUUGGGCUUUCAUCUUCUUCUACAUCAUCCCUGAGAUCUCCCAGCUGACCAAACCAACCCUGGAGCAGACUUUUGAGGAAGAACCUUACCCAAUAAGAGGGGUGGGUUAUGAAACCAUUUUAAAGGAACAGAGUACCCAGAGAAUGUAUGUGGAAAACAAAGCAUUCUCCAUGGAUGAGCCACCUUCUGCCAAGAAGCCGGUUUCCCCUUACAGUGGAUACAAUGGCCAAACAGGGAAAAGUGUCUAUCAGCCAACAGAAAUGGCCCUGAUGAACAAGACUCUUCCAGAGCGGUCGUAUGAUGUUGUCAUUCCCCGGGCCACCGCUAACCCACCCCCAGUGGCCAGCAGUAACUCCACAUUAAGGGCAGAUGAUGCAUAUGCUGUACAGAACUUCCACAUUGCAAAUCCUACAGCCCAUAACAUGCAGUCGCAGUCCCCAUACAAUCGAUGGUGAGGUGGAACCACUACAACCUCUACUGGGACCCAGGCUGGAUCUCUUUCCGUUCUGCCUGCAAGCACACAAUUCUGAUCUAUUCAUGGACCUCAUGGGAGAAUUUUUCUUCCUUUAUGGGAUGUUGCCUUAUUUGACAUAAGCAUUUAAUCAGACCAAAAAUGUGCAUGUAUGCUCCCUUACUUUUUCUUUGAAUAUAAGCGACAAACAAUGGUUCAUAUACCAUUAAGUAUUCACGUAGUGCACAGUUGAACGAGUUCUAAAAAGUAAUAGAAGUGUAAACUAGCAAACCUUCUAGAAGGUUGAUAGUUAAAAUGGGGCACUUACCACUUGUGCAGCAUCAUUCAACAUGCCCAGAAGAAUGUAAGCAAUUGUGACUGUAGUUUGGGAUACAGUUGCCUUGACUACAUAUAGAGCAAUACAUAAAUAUUUAUCAUCCCGUUUACUUAUUUGUUGCUUUUCCUGUACUCAAAAUGGUACCAGCCUCAGGCAGAUGUGGGGACAGAUCAUUAUGGGGUCACUUACUGGUGGGGGUCAUUGCGGUUUUUAUGCAACCGCAAGCAGUUUGGUGCUUUUUUGCACAGCAGUCUAUUAAUGGAUCGCAAAACAGAACUUUUUCUGCCCCUUUGGUGGUAAAAGUUGAAAGCUGCAAGCCAGUUCUACUGAGUGCCUUUUAACAAGCCAUCCUUAUUGGUAUAGUCCAAAUAUUUCACCUUUGGGCACCGUGUCGGUGCAGAUAUGCAUCAUGUUAAAACUCUAUUUUGUUUGUGUAUAUAGUAAUUUACACAAUAUCCUGUAUACAUUUAAAGAGUGUUAUUUUUACACUAUGAUGUGUGUAAAUAGGUGUGAGUGUGUGUGAAUGUGGGGUAUUAAGUUGCCCGAUAAGUUUCCUGUGAUAUCAAACCCCUGCACUGGUCUCGAAGCGAAAAUGGAGUGUAAUUUAAAUCUUCUAGGAACAUUAAUGACUGUCCUAACUUGAAUGUGUUCUUAUGACUUUCUGUUCUUUAUGUAAAUGAAAUAAAACAUUUAUUUAACUGAAAA